AUGGCGGCGACGGCGGCGGCGCGUGGGGCCCGCAUCGCCCUCGCGGCCCACCGGGCCCUCGCCGCGCUGAGUCGCGCCGUGAGCAGCAGCGGUGCGGGCACUUCCGGUACGGAAGCGGUGCUGCAGGAACGGCUACGGCAGCAGCAGGCGGGCCUGGAGGGAACCCCGGGGCGGCCGAACCCCGGUAAUGAGGAGGAGGAGCAGCGGAGGAAGCAGCGUUUGGCGGCCGUUCGGCGGCUGGCCCUGCGGCUGGCGGGGCUGCUGGGUGCCGGUACCGGCAUCACCAUCAUCUACAUCUUCGGCAGCAACGCUGUGGAUGAACACGGAGCCAAGGUCCCCGAUGAGUUUGAUGGUGACCCUGUGGGCAUCCAGCAGCUCCGCAGGACAUAUAAGUACUUCAAGGACUACAGGCAGAUGAUCAUCGAGCCCACCAGUGCCAAGCUGCUGCCAGACCCUCUGCGUGAGCCCUACUACCAGCCGCCCUACACUCUGGUCAUCGAGCUCACCGACGUCUUGCUGCACCCCGAAUGGUCGCUCAUCACUGGCUGGCGUUUCAAGAAGCGUCCGGGCAUCGACAGCCUCCUGCAGCAGCUCGCGCCGCUCUACGAGAUCGUCAUCUUCACCUCCGAAACGGGCAUGGUGUGUGCAGCCAUGGGGAAGGGGCUGAAGCCCAAAGGUGGCCCUUCUCUGUCCCCUAUCCACCCCCAGGACAUCUCCUGCCUCAACAGAGAUCCUGCCAAGGUGGUGGUGGUGGACUGCCGCAAGGAAGCCUUCUGCCUGCAGCCCUACAACGGCCUGGCGCUGCGCCGCUGGGACGGCAGCUCCGAUGAUCGCGCCCUCUACGACCUCACUGCUUUCCUCAAAACCAUUGCCCUCAGUGGUGUUGAAGACGUGAGGAGCGUGCUGGAGAACUACGCGCUGGAGGACGAUCCGCUGGCGGCUUUUAAACGCCGCCGGUCGCAGCUGGAGGAGGAGGAGCAGCAGCGUUUGGCUGAGAUGGCGCAGGGCAAGAAGCCGACGGGGCUCUUCCUGGGUGCCCUGGCCGGCCGUCUCUGGGCACGUUCCAAGCAGCAGUGAUGGCCCAAGAUGUUGUCAUCGUGUCACCGGGACGUUGUCAUCGCGUUUACUGCAUGCUUGGACUUGACUGGUGGUCCUGGCGCUGUGUCUGAGCUACAUUUCUUUUUUGUUGUUGUUGUUUUGUUAUUUUGGGAGGUUUGGCUCCGCGAGGGUGAAUAAAGGGUUACGUGGA